AUAAUAAUGUGUAUAUAUAGCCAUCAAACCUCCACUCAUUCCCACAACUACUACUACUCAGCUAUACAUACUCAAUACACCUCAUCUUCUUCAUCAUAUCAUCAAGAACCUCCACUUAUUCAUCAUUUACAAUCCAUACAUUUUAUUCUCAUUCUCAUUAAUUCUCAUCCUCAUUAAUUAUCAUCGAUCUACAUAUCGCAAACUACGUAAUUACGUGCUCGAGAUCAGAACAGGAAAUGGGGAUUAGCAGGAAAUCGAAGAAGCUGACAUCCCAAACCGCAAUGAUAAAGCAGAUUCUGAAGAAGCUGGGGAAGAGAGACGGGUACGAUGAAGAAGGGCUUCCCAUGGAUGUCCCCAAGGGACAUUUCGCGGUCUACGUCGGAGAGAACCGGACGAGGUACAUUGUGCCCAUCUCCUUCUUGGGCCAGCCCGAGUUCCAGAUCCUCCUCCAACGGGCCGAGGAAGAGUUCGGGUUUGACCACGACAUGGGCUUGACCAUUCCCUGCGACGAAUACGUCUUCGAAAGUCUUACUUCCGCUCUCAUCAUUAGGUAGUUAAUUAAUUAGUUUAAUUGAUUGAUUAAUUGAUUAAUUACCUAAGCUGAGACGGUUAGCCACGUCAGCAGCCAGCUAGCUUAGAAGCGGCACGAGCGGGGAUGAAGUAUAGACGGUCCAGCUGUACGUACAAGCACUUACAGCACCGUACGCCGUAGAGAGGGCUUUAUGGUGAUCUAACUUAUCGGAUCGGGUCGGGUCGGAGAUGGAUUGGUUGAUGGGAGAUAUGAUUAUUAUGGUCUUUGGUUGAUUAAUUGUUGCAAAUUAAAGCUUAGAAUCUCCUUUGCAGUGGUGGUUGGUUGUAACUAUAAAUGUGCCCUGCGAGGGCCGAUUGAGCGGGAGAUUAAUUAAUUAAUUAAUCGUUGGAAUUGUGUAUUUUAUAAAGUCUAAUAAAAUUGAAUCUUAGUACGUGUUAUUUUUUCUGGUAGAGUUUGAUGAUAAAUUCAAUGUUGUUGGGUGUUACGGUUGUACCUUUUCGUUUUAAUUGAUAGUCUUGACUGGUCGAUUUCAAUCUCAUUAAUUGAACUUCAAUGUCUUGUUCA